GAGAUUCCAAACCUCACAACUCCUGACAUUUACAGAGAUGGGGGAAGCAAGCUGGAAGACGUUUUCUCUCAACUUGGCUACAGACACCAUCAUCAUCAUCGGGAUCGCAGGGUUGUUGAAGUAAUAGGAAUAAUAACAGUGAGAAAAGGUGACCACAGAAGUCCGAUACCGCAUGUAUGUGUGAUUCUGAACCACAUAACUCCUGACAUUUACCGCAAUGGGCAGAGCAAGCUGGAAGACAUUUUCCUAUGACUUGACUGCAUACUUCAUGAUGAGGAUCUCGUGGUAAUAGCAGUAGAAUAACACUGAGGAAAAGGUGACCAUCAACAACACACUGGUACUGUAUGUGCGAUCAUGGUUAUUUCUGGCAGGCCGCGGGCCCACUCGGCAUCUUCCAUAAAGUUCACCUCAGUCUUGCAACCAUCCCAUCUGAAGAAGGGAGCAUCAUCGUACAGCAGUCCCGAACUGCGGUCCAUGCUGGUGGAGCUGGAGACGACCGUUCCACUCAGUAUAAUUCCGUCACAUCUGGGGUCGAGUCACGGGUUCAAGCACGGGCGGCGAACAAUGGGUGGAGGGUGCUGUGACUGUCGAUGCUGCAGGAUACACAUUCUGUUGGUGACGCUGCAGGUUUUGCUGGGGGUGGCCAUCACGGCGAUGUCGCUGUACCUCCAGCUGUACAUCCCGGUAGCCCGGGUCAGAGACACACCCUACUGGGCAGGCAUUCCACUGUGUUUAGCCGGUGUUGCCGGAAUCUAUUACUGUGCCACUGACUUCAGAUCAUACACAUCUACAUCAAAGGCUUUUGCAAUUAAGGCUACAUGUUUCAUACUGUCGUUCAUCGCUAUCUUUCUGAUGAUCAUCGCGACCACAUUUCCAGCCAUUCAUUUGGGCCGUAUCUUCACCUUCCAAACCUGCACUGAAUCAGCCAAUCACUGCAUAUGUUACAUGUCCCAGGACCAAACAUCUAGAGCAUUCACGUACUUUGACACAAAAUACUGCCGGCUGAUUCUAGAGGAGCUAAAACUCUAUUUGAUCAUCAUUGGUUCGAUGUGUUUUCUCAGCAGUCUAGCCUCCAUCUGGCUUGUUGUGUUGCUAUGGCAAUCACGAUAUGGACAAGUUUACUCAGGAUCAAAAAGACAGUUUUCAUUACGAGCUUACCCAGAAAAUAGAAUCUGACAGAAAAUAAUUUAGUGUUGAAUAAAAGUGUUCAUUUACAAAUGAAGUCGGACAUCAUAGUGGUAUUGUUUUGGAUAAAUUAAUUACCACUUAAACUAAAAAGCUGCAAUAGAACAGAACUGAGAAUAGACAUGAUCAAACAUAUUUUGGAGAACAUAUCAUAAGAUAUUUGUAGAGAGACACAUAAUCUGUUUUUUGGUAAUACUAGUUAUUCAUAAACUGUUGUGAUAAAAUCAAUGAACAUGAAAGAUUACAUACCUUUAAAAAAAACCCCAAACCCCCAAAACAAAAAACAAACAACUAAAUUAUUUGUUAACUUGUGCAUCAUCAUUAGAAACUGUUAUCAGGAGUGUUAAUUUCAUUGAAAGGUGUUGUGAUCACUGUGAAACAGCCAAUCAUGAUGUCAUUAAAAUGAUCUCCAACAUCAUAUAGUCAGCAUAUAUUCUUAUGCAGUAAAAUCAGUGGAUUUCUGAAAACUUUACAAUGGCCAACAGAACAAACUGUACAUAUGUAAUAUACUGUAUGAAAAUAUCCUCAAUAGAUGUGUGUAAACAAACUAACCAAUCAUGUUAGAUAUAAAAUGACCAAUUACAAUAAUGAAAUUACCAUUUCCUGUAAUAUGGGCCAAUAAGCAGUUAACUUAUAUACUGAGUAGAUCUAUAAUGAAUUAACCAAUUGUAUACCACAUAGCUAAUCACCUAACCAAUCGUAUACUAAUUAACACCUACUAAAAGCACCAUUGUUACAAAGUUAUUAUUGUAUAUAGUUUUGUACAAAUUGAACAUGAACAAUGAAAUAAAUACUUAUUUUCUUCAUGUCA